AUGUGCUUCGGUCUUCUCAGACGUCAAGUGACGGUUUCGAAUGCUGAGAGUGUGGUUGACGGAGAAAAAGAAGGCUGGAGAGAUGGGGCAUGCCCGCCAACCAGUGAUACAGGUGACCAUCUCAGGCUCUCCGGACUUGACAAAGAUGUGGUCCAACGUAAGACAAGGCAAAAGGGUUGGCAUUGGAAUCGAAAUAACGCGAGGAUCCUUGGCAAGAAUCCUCAAAACACGACGAGCGUGGUUGAGCAACUUGACAUGCUCUUCUGGGGUGCCCUGCCAGCAGCGGUUGGAGGUCCAAGAGUUGUUCUUGUUGGCUACGUUGCUCAAUCCAAGACUGAUGAUGCCGUUAGCGAACUCGGUCGUGUUUAG